AGAAGACUGAGUAUUAUAGUGGUGGGCAGCUAGGCUUGGCAAUGUCUGAAUGAAUAGUGAAUCCAGAAUCCUUGCUCCUAAGACUGUUCUUUACGCGUAGUUUUCUCUGUCUGGCGCCAAGAAACUUCCUUUGUUUUCAAUCUUAACAACACGCUCUUACAUUAAUUUCCUCAAAUUCUUUCCUUUCUUUUCUUUCCAAAAAAAUCAAACUUUGCCUCAUUCAACAUUUCACGGUCAACAACAACAAUAGCCCUCGUUUUGAGGCUGCUAACGUUGGAUCCUGUCAGAAUCAAAGACACCCUUUUCUUAUAAUCAUUCUUUUGAGCUCUAGUUUGAAUUUGCUUUUACUGUUUUGGUUGUUUCUCGUGGGAAGUUUGUGAUUUUGAUUGUUUAACAUCCUCUUCCUACUUUUUUGAUUGAUAUUCCUGGUGGGUUUUACUGGGUUUGAUCUGAUUCAGUAAAAGUUUGGAACUUUGAUGUCGGAAAAGAAUCUUGGGUUUUGCUUUUGUUGAUUGUGCUUGAUCCUGGAAUUCUGAGAAACCCUUUGUUCUGCAGAGGAAUUGAAGUGGGUUGGUGUUGGAUAAUGAAAAGUGAUUUUGUUUUGGGGGUAUAGCCCUUUGAUGAAAUGAGAAGAAAGUCAAGCACUUGGAAUGGGAAUUCAGAAAUAUAUGGUUGCCAUCAGGUUUAGCUUUUGUGUUCUUUUGGUUCUUCUUCUUGUAGCAGCAGUUAGCUUUGUAGAAAAGAAGGAAUCACAAGAUGAGUUUGUUAGUGAACUACUUGAUUCAACAUCCGGAUUGUUAGAUGAGCACAAGGUACUGUGGAUCAGUUGCUGGGAAGAUUUAAUUCAUUUAAAGAAAGAGUUUCAAGAUCAUGACUUAUGCCUCCCACAGGAAUUGUUUGGGAGCACCAAUAGAGUCAGUUCAGAGAUUAGUCUAUUUGCACGAGCGGACAUCCAAAAUUUGAUUACGGCUUGCCAUCCUCAGUUCAGGGAAAACUUUCUUCACUGUUUGAGAAAAAAUAAUCUUCCAAUACGUGUCUCAAUAGAAGAGGAUGAUUCCAAUAUAUGGCAUGUCACUUAUAUGGGAUCACUUCUUUCAAAAUUCAGUGUUCCCAGAAGGAACUCAGGCCGAGUUUUGCUCCAGCAAAUAUCAGAGCCACCUAGUCCAGGUCCUGCAAUUGGAUCACCUACACCCAAUCUACCACCAUCUCCUGAAUCCGGUUUUGCACCCGCAUCUCAACCCAGUCCAGCACCAUCAUCUGGACCCAGUUCAACACCAUCACCUGCUUCAGCACCAUCACCUAAACCUCUGGUUCCUCAUUUGCCUCCAUCCUCAUUUUUCCCGAAAUUGACGCCACCAGCAGCUGAAGAUGUUUCUGCUCCUCCUUCUUCUGACUCUAACAAGCAGGAAGAUAAGCAUAAUAAUAGAAAGACAGUGGUUCUUGCUGUAGUUAUAACUGCAUUGGUGACAUUUAUAGCUGCAGCGCUGUUCUUUUUAUUCUGUAGUCGGUAUUGUAAGACUAGACGAGUUAGACAAAAUGACGAGAGGCCCCUUCUCACCUUGAGCAUGAGUGACUUUUCUGUUGGUCCUUCUUCCAAUUAUGAUUUUGGAAAUUCAAUGAAAGGGGAGAAACUUGGGUUUCAGUCAUCAAGUAAUAAUUUAGUUGACAACAAAAAGACCUCAGUGCAAGAAAGUCAACCAAUAGGAGCGUAUACUGCUGCCGGAUCACCAUUUGAAGUGAAACCUCCUCCGGGGAGAGUAGGAACCAUCCCUUCUGGAAUCCCUCCUUUAAAACCUCCUCCAGGCAGGUGGAAUCCUCUUCCCCCUGAACCACCUUCAUUUAGGGCUUCAAAUAACGCUGCUAUCCCUGCUUCUGCUGCUCGUCCUCCUCGACAUCCUACUCUUGGCAGCGCUCCAACUCCUGGUCCUCCUCCUCCACCACCCCCAGCACCAGCUGGUGCAAAAUCUGGUCUAACUCCACCACCAGCAGUAUCACUAGCUGUUGGCAAACCUGGUCCUCCUCCUCCACCACCCCCAGCACCAGCUGGUGCAAAACCCGGUCUAACUCCACCACCGGCAGUAGCACUAGCUGGUGGCAAACCUGGUCCUCCACCACCCCCACCCCCAGCACCAACUGGUGCUAAACCUGGUCCACAUCCACCACCUCCUCCUCCUAAGAGUGGUAUCGCUCCUCCUCGGCCUCCUCCUCCUCGACCUCCUCCUCCAGCUAGUAGACCAAAAGCUACAGAGAGUUUUGAAGCUGAUGCAGAUGGUGAAGCUGAUGUUCCUAAAGCCAAGCUAAAGCCUUUUUUCUGGGAUAAGGUUCCAGCUAACUCCGAUCAUUCAAUGGUCUGGAAUCAGAUCAAGUCUGGAUCAUUCCAGUUUAAUGAAGAGAUGAUAGAAACACUUUUUGGAUAUAAUGCUGUGGAUAAAAACAAUGGUCAACGACAGAAAGGGUCUUCUUCCCAAGACCCUUCACCUCAGUAUAUCCAGAUCAUCGACAAAAAGAAAUCGCAAAAUUUAUUAAUUCUGUUGCGAGCAUUGAAUGUGACAGUGGAAGAAGUUGGUGAUGCACUUUAUGAAGGAAAUGAGCUACCCUCAGAAGUCCUUCAAACCUUGUUGAAGAUGGCACCUACGUCAGAUGAAGAACUUAAGCUUAGACUUUUUGGCGGUGAGCUGUCUCAACUUGGGCCUGCUGACCGUUUUCUGAAAGCCCUGGUUGACAUUCCAUUUGCUUUCAACCGAAUGGAAGCUCUACUUUUCAUGGGUACAUUUAAAGAGGACCUCACUACUAUUAUGGGGUCUUUUGCAGUUUUAGAGGUUGCUUGUAAGGAACUAAGAAACAGCCGGCUGUUCCUCAAACUUCUUGAAGCUGUUCUCAAAACUGGUAACCGAAUGAAUGAUGGAACAUUCCGUGGCGGUGCACAAGCAUUUAAACUUGAUACACUCCUGAAAUUAUCUGAUGUGAAGGGAACAGAUGGCAAGACUACACUUUUACACUUUGUUGUUCAAGAGAUUAUCCGCUCUGAGGGCAUAAAAGCUGCUCGAGCAGCGAAAGAGAGCCAGAGUUUGUCCAGUAUUAAAAUGGAUGGAGAAGAAGAUCACUACAGUGAAAUCGGUCUUCAGGCGGUUUCACACUUGAGCAGUGAGCUUGAGAAUGUAAAAAGAGCAGCAAUUCUAGAUAGGGAGAGCUUAACUUCAACAACUGGCAUACUUUCCAAUGGUCUUCUAAGAACCAGGGACUUAGUAAACAAAAACCUCGCGAAUGUGAAGGAGGAUAGAGGGUUUUACGAGAAAGUAGGAAGCUUUGUGAAGAAUGCUGAGGUUGAUGUUAUGAACCUGAUGGAAGAAGAGAAGAAAAUCAUGGCUCUUGUGAAGAGCACUGGUGAUUACUUUCAUGGGAAUACCAGGAAGGAUGAAGGCCUGCGAUUGUUUGUAGUAGUACGGGACUUCUUAAUAAUGGUUGAUAAGGUAUGCAAUGAGGUGAGAAUUGCACAGAAGAAGCCAGCAAAAACUCUAAAACAAGAGGCUUCUCAAGGAUCAUCUUCAUCCCAAACACGCCCACCGCCUUCUGAUUUUCGUCAGCGGCUUUUUCCAGCGAUAGCUGAAAGGAGGAUGGAUGACGACAUGAGUUCAGAUGAUGAGAGUCCAUAGAUUCAAGUUUGAAGUGCAUGUUUCUUCAUGAAAGAUGGAUAUGGCAUGGUAUCGACGCUUCUCGAACUAAAAUGUCAUAUGUAAUGGCUGGAGCUGUCAUCAGACAAUGCAAUUACUAUCAUCAUUCUGGGGUCCCUAUUGUGAUUAGCUUCAUAGUUUUGAGAUAGUCAUUUUUUAGAGAAAUAGUUCUAUAGGGUAUUUUUUCUUUCACAAUUCUUUAUGUUUGGAGGAGCAAAAGAUAAAACGUGCAUAUCAAAUUUUACCCGAGCUUAAUCACUUAGGCCACCUCAUAUGUUUAGUCUCACAGAAGCACAUUUUGAAGUAUCUACUCAAAAUUUUAGUUUGCCUAUA